AUGGCGGAUUACAACUAUGGAGGUUCUGAGGAGGAGAACGCGGAGCUGAGAAAGCUCGAGAUUGAGCUGGCCGAUGACCCCGAUAACUUCGAAACUUGGGAGAAGCUGGUUCGUGCCGGAGAAGCGCUCGAGGGGGGAAUCAACCGCAACUCGAAUCCUCAAGCCAUCACCACCGCGAGAAAUGUUUACGACCGAUUUCUGGCCAAGUUCCCGUUGCUUUUCGGAUACUGGAAGAAGUACGCCGAUCUGGAAUUCUCGAUCACUGGCACCGAAGCAGCGGACAUGGUCUACGAACGAGGUAUCGCCAGUAUUUCCCCUUCAGUCGACCUAUGGACCAACUACUGCACUUUCAAGGCAGAGACCUCGCAUGAUGCCGACAUUAUCAGAGAGCUUUUUGAGCGAGGAGCAAGCAGCGUCGGGCUAGACUUCCUGGCGCACCCGUUCUGGGACAAGUACAUCGAGUUCGAGGAACGCUGUGAAGCUUUUGACAAGAUUUUUGCUGUUCUCGGUCGCGUCAUCCAUGUCCCCAUGCACCAGUAUGCUCGGUACUUUGAACGCUAUCGCCAGAUCGCACAAACACGGCCAUUGUCAGAGCUGGCUCCUCCAGAAAUUUUGGCUCAAUUCCGAACUGAGCUAGAAGCGGCUUCCUCACAUGUACCCCCGGGCGCGAAAGUCGAGGCCGAAGUCGAAAGGGAUCUCAGACUACGUGUCGAUACCUACCACCUUGAAAUCUUCGCCAAGACGCAGACGGAGACAACAAAACGCUGGACCUACGAGUCAGAAAUUAAGCGUCCAUACUUCCAUGUGACCGAAUUGGACGAAGGUCAGCUGUUGAACUGGAAGAAAUAUCUCGACUUCGAGGAAUCCGAAGGAUCUUAUCCCCGAACCCAAUUUUUGUACGAGCGAUGCCUCGUGACAUGCGCUCACUACGAUGAAUUUUGGCAGCGCUAUGCCAGGUGGAUGGCUGCCCAGCCUGGUAAGGAAGAAGAAGUUCGCAACAUCUACCAGCGCGCAAGCUGUUUCUAUGUCCCAAUCGCGAACCCAGCUACCCGCCUUCAGUAUGCCUAUUUCGAAGAGAUGUCUGGCCGGAUAGAUGUGGCAAAGGACAUUCACGGUGCCAUCCUCGUCAACAUUCCUAACCACGUUGAAACAAUCGUAUCGUUAGCGAAUCUGUCACGUCGCCAUGGCGGCCUCGAAGCAGCAAUCGAGGUGUACAAGAGCCAGCUGGAUUCACCCGAGUGCGACUUGGCCACCAAAGCUGCACUCGUUGCCGAAUGGGCUCGGCUUUUGUGGAAGAUCAAGGGAUCCCCCGAAGAGGCUAGACAAGUUUUCCAGAAAAACCAACAAUACUACCUAGACAGCCGAGCAUUCUGGACAAGCUAUGUAGUGUUUGAGCUGGAACAGCCUACCAGCGCUGCGACUGAAUCUGCCCAGUACGAGCGCAUUAAACAAGUUGUUGAUGACAUCCGGUCCAAGAGCGUCCUUUCGGCAGAUGUUGUCAGGGAGCUUGUGCAGAUGUACAUGGUCUACUUGCUGGAGCGAGGGACCAAGGACGCAGCCAAGGAAUACAUGACUCUCGACCGUGAAGUUCAUGGCCCUGCUUCUGUGUCUUCCACCAAGGCAGAGCACGCCCCUGAGAAUGGCAACCAGGCAACACCCGCUAUACCUGCUGGUCCUGCUGGUCCUGCUGUUCCUGCUGUACCUGCUGUGGAUCCUGUCGCCGCAGAAGCGCAAGCCAAUGCGUAUGCUUACUACCAACAGGUCCCAGUCAAUGGUGAGGUGCCAGCUCCUGCUCCUCCCCCAGAGCCUUCCGAACGUCCUCCAACACCCCCUCCGCCUCCACCUGAAGAUUCCGCCGCUCCUCCGCCGCCCCCAGACCUAUCUGCGCCGCCUCCUCCACCUGAAGACGCGCCUCCUGCUCCACCACCGGAGACGAAGAAGAAGAAGGGAUGGGGUUCGAAGCGUCCAGCCGCUACACCGUUGAGUGUUGAAGAACUUGUACGGAAGAAGAGAGAGGCCGAUGCAGCAGCUUCAAAGCCGAAGUUCUUGUCAAAGGCAGAACGUGAGAGAAUCGCUUUGGAAAAACGUGCGAAGGAGGUAGAAGCAGACCGACGAGCAAAAACUUCCAAUGGCGCAGAUCGUAAUGGGACACCAUCUACUUCUGCUUCAUCGGAGGGUCGCAAUGGUGAUAAAGGGUUCAUCCCGACUGCCCCUCGAGCGAUGCGAAAUACAGAGGCUCCAUCUGCGCCAGCAGCCAUGCGAAACACCAAGCCGAACAAAAACAACGAUAUGUCGCCGCCCCCCCCACCGAAAUCGAUUUCGUUUGGUCCCAAGGAUUCGAAGGGUGAGAAGCGCGUAGCAAAUGAGGAAGAAGAGGCAGCGGCACAAGCUGCCUUGAUCAAGCAAAGAUACAUGGGAGCCGAUCAAACAUCGAAUUUCUCAGCGAAAAAGAAGCGAAAGCGGACGACGGACCGGAAAUUCAACUUUGAGUGGAAUGCGGAAGAGGAUACUAGUGGUGACUACAAUCCGCUCUACCAGCAUCGACACGAAGCAAAUUUCUUCGGUCGUGGUCGUCUUGCGGGCUUCGGUGACGAUGUCGCCGACGAGGUAGCAAAGAAGUAUGCCACCGCUCUGGAGGAUCGUGAUCAUGAAGCGGGUAGCAUCCGAGCCAAAGAGAUUCUGGAAAUGGAGCGGAGACGGAGAGAGGAGAGUACCCGCACCCAGCUCGACAAGCACUGGAGCGAGAAGAAAUUGGAGCACAUGCGGGAGAGAGAUUGGCGUAUCUUCAAGGAAGAUUUCAACAUCAGUACCAAAGGUGGAAGUGUACCGAAUCCCAUGCGGUCGUGGGAUGAGUCUCAUCUCCCUAGUCGCCUAAUGGAACUCAUUGACCGGGUCGGCUACAAGGAACCGUCCGCUAUUCAGCGUGCUGCCAUCCCGAUUGCUAUGCAGUCUCGGGAUCUCAUCGGUGUCGCCGUCACUGGUUCGGGUAAGACGGCAGCAUUCCUACUUCCCCUCCUGGUUUACAUCUCAGAGCUUCCUCGGAUCGAUGAAUUUGAAUGGAGGAAAAACGAUGGGCCUUACGCUAUUGUCCUGGCACCGACUCGUGAAUUGGCGCAGCAAAUCGAGAUCGAAGCCAAGAAGUUCACAACACCCCUUGGAUUCAACGUCGUCAGUAUUGUCGGUGGUCAUUCAUUGGAAGAACAAGCCUACAGUCUGCGGGAUGGUGCGGAAAUCAUCAUUGCCACCCCCGGUCGUCUAGUUGAUUGUAUUGAACGUCGGAUGCUCGUCCUCAGUCAAUGUUGUUAUGUGAUUAUGGAUGAAGCCGAUCGUAUGAUCGACCUUGGAUUCGAAGAGCCAGUCAAUAAGAUUCUAGAUGCCCUGCCCGUGUCCAACGAGAAACCAGACAGCGAGGAGGCAGAGAACUCCCUUGUCAUGAGUCAGCAUAUCGGCGGCAAAGACCGAUACCGUCAAACAAUGAUGUACACGGCCACCAUGCCGACGGCCGUGGAACGUAUAGCCCGGAAGUAUCUACGACGACCAGCGAUUGUGACGAUCGGCAGCGCCGGCGAGGCCGUCGACACCAUCGAGCAGCGUGUCGAGUUCGUCGCGGGUGAAGACAAGCGCAAGAAGCGUCUCGGAGAUAUUUUGUCCUCUGGCGAAUUCCGACCCCCGAUUAUCGUCUUCGUCAACAUCAAGCGCAACUGUGAUGCCAUUGCACGAGAGAUCAAACAAAUGGGCUUCUCCUCGGUCACCUUGCACGGAAGCAAGACCCAGGAACAGCGUGAGGCCGCCCUGGCCUCCGUGCGGAACGGUGCGACAAACGUCCUCGUUGCCACUGACCUGGCAGGAAGAGGUAUCGAUGUUCCCGACGUCAGUCUGGUCAUCAACUUCAACAUGGCCUCCUCUAUCGAGAGCUACACUCACCGUAUCGGUCGUACCGGUCGUGCCGGUAAGAGCGGUGUGUCCAUCACAUUCUUGGGCAGUGAAGACACGGACGUCAUGUAUGAUCUCAAGCAAAUGCUCAUCAAAUCGCCCCUCUCUCGUGUUCCCGAAGAACUGCGUAAGCAUGAAGCUGCCCAAUCCAAACCCAACCGCGGUUAUUCGAAGAAGCCCGUUGAAGAAAGUUCCGGGUUUGGGGGUAAGGGUGGGUGGUAA